UGAGCGGCCAACAGGAUGAGCCCGGCUGCGCCGUUCAGUAUAAAGGACUCCUUCAAAAUGCAGCUGUACAACAGUGUGCUGACACACUACCCGAGGUCGUCUCGCAAAGUUACAAUAACUUUAUCGACCAGAUCUGAGCGUUUGAACGGGACAACAGCAAGUUCCUCUGACGCGCAUAAACCAGGAUUUACACAACCGUUCGCAACUUCAACGACCAACAGCGAUCCGGUGAGAGAGGCUGCUUCUUCUGCAAACAUGCCUGCGUUGUCAUGUUACGAAGCUUCAUCAAUGAGGCCAGUUUACUUCACAUCGACUGCUGAGAUAUCAAUCCGCAGACCUGAUGGAGUAGAGAGGUCUGUGCCUGUCCAUGUCGUCAGGGAGUCCAAGACUAAACCUGACUCACCUGGUGAAAGUAUCCUCUGUGGUAACUGUGGCUCUGAUGUGAUUGUGGACUUGAUAGAUCGUCUAAGAAAUGGGACGGAUGAGCUUUUUCAUGACUGCCCACAGCUGGUUGGGAAUCACCUUUUCAACAGUAACAACGUCUGCAGACCCAGAAUAAAAGAAAACAAGAGGAUGGUAGAAAAUUCAAGUGAGGAUGAUACCGUUUCAGUGACCAACGCCCCCGUCAGAAGCAAUGGAUGGGCCUUAUUACAUGAAGAGGAGCUAGAUCAACCUGCAGAGCUAAUACAGGAAGAUUUUAGGGAUCUGAGCAGUGGCAAAGCUGCUCCAGCUUCGGAUGAGAAACAGGCCUUUGAGCUCAGCGUUCUGCAGGAUUCGCCUCCACAGAGAUUCCAAGAGGAUACCAACAAUAAAGUCACCCGGUACCUGGCUGAAGUGGAGAAACAAAACAAGUACCUACAGGAGGGGCAUAAAUACAGGUACCACAUCAUUCCAGAUGGCAACUGUCUGUACAGAGCUGUGUGCAAAGCCACGUACGGGGACCAGGCGAGGCACGGAGAGCUGAGGGAGCAGACGGUGCACCACAUUGCUGACCACUUGGAAGAGUUCAACCCCAUCGUUGAAGGGGAUGUAGGAGAGUUCCUGAUCAGCGCAGCGCAGGAUGGUGCCUGGGCGGGGUACCCUGAGCUUCUCGCCAUGAGCCAGAUGCUGAAUGUCAACAUCCACCUGACAACAGGGGGGAGCUCGGAGAGCCCCACCGUCUCCACCAUGGUGCACUAUCUCGGGGAGGAGGACGCCUCCAAAGUGUCUAUCUGGCUGAGUUGGCUGAGCAAUGGUCACUACGACGUCCUCCUGGACAAGAGUCUCCCCAACCCAGAGUACGAGGACUGGUGCAGACACUCGCAGAUGCAGAGGAAACGAGAUGAGGAAAUGGCAAAGUCCAUGGCUGCCUCAUUAUCCAAAAUGUACAUUGAGCAAAAUGGAUCUGCGUGAAAGAAAUACUGUAUGUGGAGAAUUAAAGGCUGCACACUGAUGCAGUAGAAUGCAGAAGCACUGACUCUGCUUGGUUUCUAUAGGCUUGAAAAUAUUAUUUUUUUAUAAGGAUUUAUAUUACGAGGGAAAGGAAGUGCAGUGCACAUACUUUGUUUUUUGUAUAUGCCAGCGUUGCCAAAUUAGUGGCAGUGGUUUCUGAAAGUUUUUGAAAGUGUGUGAGCCUGUUCUUUUUGAUAGUUUGGGUUAUGUUGAUAAGGAUUUAAAUGCUUUAAUGCUGAUAAAUGAAUGUACAUGGAAGUGGAACUGUAUUUAUUUGCCUUUUAUUGGCAGACCUGAUAUUUUUCUAUAAUGUUUCUGCUUUGUGGGCCUUUGCCAAUGACAGAUACAUUUGGUUUGCCAGUUGUCACUAUAGCUACUGUUUAAUAUCUCUAGAGCUACUCUCUUUUGCACAAAAGUCCUAUCAGACAAGUCCAGAGAGUUUGGUUUGUGUCAGAACUAUUGAAGGGUUCUUUUUCUAUUAUUCCAGUUCUUUUUAGGCUUUUGACAAAAUAUCACAAAAUAAAGUUUUGAAAAAAAACGA